AUAAAACUACAUUUACCAGCAAGCACCAAAGUAGGCCGACGUUAGACAGCUGUUAGACUGUCAAAUAAAAAGUCAACAUUGUCUGAAGGGUGAGUAGAAAGAAGGUUUUCAGCAAUGGAGUGCCGGGAGGAAAUAUCAAUGGGGUGUUCAAGUGGAGGAGGUGAAGGCCCUUUGGACAGGCUACUCCCAUCUGUUAACACAGGUGUUUCACCACGCAAACGAACCACCAGCCAAUGCAAAUCGGAACCACCGCUGCUGCGCACAAGCAAGAGAACGAUCUACACAGCAGGCCGUCCACCGUGGUACAAUGAACAUGGCACACAAUCCAAAGAAGCCUUUGUCAUUGGACUCUGCGGAGGGAGUGCUUCUGGAAAAACUACAGUGGCCCGCAAGAUAAUUGAAGCUUUAGAUGUUCCUUGGGUUGUGCUCUUGUCAAUGGACUCCUUUUAUAAAGUUCUUUCAGAGGAAGAGCAGUUGUUAGCUGCAUACAAUGACUAUAAUUUUGACCACCCUGCUGCAUUCGACUUUGACUUGCUAGUCCACACACUCUGGAAGCUCAAACAGGGCAAGAGUGUAAAGAUACCAGUGUAUGACUUCACUAUCCAUGGCCGUCAAAAAGACUGGAAAACUGUAUAUGGAGCCAGUGUUAUUAUAUUCGAAGGAAUCUUGUCGUUUGCUGAUAAGGAAUUGUUAAAGCUGUUGGACAUGAAGAUCUUUGUGGAUACAGAUUCUGAUAUCCGUUUGGUCAGGCGACUGAGGAGGGACAUUACAGAGCGAGGCAGAGACAUUGAGGGAGUUAUCAAACAGUACAACAAAUUUGUGAAGCCUGCUUUUGAACAAUACAUAGAGCCCACCAUGAGGCUAGCAGACAUUGUUGUACCACGUGGUGGUGGGAACAUGGUGGCUAUUGAUCUGAUUGUUCAACAUGUGCACAGUCAGCUGGAAGAGAGGAAACUUCGCUGGGAUAUGGCGGCACUGGCCUCUGCCCAUCAAGCUCAGCCCCUUCCUCAGACGUUGUGUGUUCUGGAGAAUACACCGCAGGUCCGCGGUAUGCACACAAUAAUCAGGAAUAAAGACACAAAUAGAGACGAGUUCAUUUUCUACUCCAAAAGGCUUAUGAGACUCCUCAUUGAAAGAGCUCUUUCAUUUCUUCCAUCUCAGGUUCGUGUUGUUCAGACCGCUCAAGGUCAGGAUUAUGAAGGAAGGACCUUCCAUGGAAAAAGGGUCACAGGUGUAUCCAUUCUCAGAGCAGGAGAAACCAUGGAGCCAGCCCUUCGUGCGGUCUGCAAAGAUGUCCGUAUCGGCAAGAUAUUAAUCCAGACGAAUCAGGACACAGGAGAACCUGAGUUGCACUACUUGCGUCUGCCCAAAGACAUCAGUGAGGAUCAUGUGAUCCUGAUGGAUUGUACAGUGUCUACUGGUGCAGCUGCCAUGAUGGCAGUACGAGUCCUACUGGAUCAUGAUGUACAGGAAGAAAAAAUUCUUCUGGUCUCGUUGUUAAUGGCUGAGAUGGGGGUUCACUCCGUAGCCUAUGCCUUCCCGCAGGUAAAAAUUAUCACCACUGCAGUGGACAAGAAGGUCAAUGAUCUUUUCCACAUCAUUCCUGGGAUAGGAAACUUUGGGGAUCGAUAUUUUGGCACUGAUGCACCGCCUGAUUGGAGUGAUGAAGACAUGGAUGAUCCCAGCUAUUAAACAGUCUUGCUAGACUGCUGACGCCUGUAAACAGAAAUGCACUAUAGACCUAACAGGUCUGGCUAUAAAAUAUAGCUUUAUACCACCAUAUACACUUCAUUCAUUCCCACACACACACACACACACACAC